AGCAGAGCUGAGAGGGAAGAGAGCUCUCAAACAGCACACCGCGCACAAUGUCCUUGCUGUUACAUCCACAUCUCAUGGCUGGGCGUGUUGCAAGGGUUCUUCCGCGCCUGGCGACGGUCGGUAAGCGGCCCAGGAACAACAAGCCCAUCUGCUGCUGCCCUACUGCUACCGCUCAAGGUCGUGGUUUGAGCGGUGAGGCAUCAGCAGCAGCAGCAUCGUCGUCGUGGUUACCUGACAGCAUGAGGCAAAGGCUGGAACAGAUGAAAGGGCGUCAUCAAGAGAUCGUCGAGAGCAUGACGAAGGGAGAGGUUCCGGUUCGAGAGAUGGGAAGCGUGGGCAAGGAGCUUGGGCGGCUAGAAGCCGUGCUGGACUUGCAGGCGAAGGUGGAGGAGAAGGUCGCGGAAAUCCAAGACCUUGAGGAGGUGAUGCAAGCGACCAAUGCGGGCGAAGCGGAGGCCGACCGAGAGAUGCACGGCAUUGCCAAAGAGGAGCACGCCGACUGCACGGCGGCCUUGGAGAAGCUCAGGCUGGACCUCACGAGUCUGCUCCUGCCCAGAGACGAAGGGGAUUCGAAGAAUGCCCUCCUGGAAGUGAGGAGCGGCAGCGGGGGAGACGAGGCGGCCGCCUUCGCGAAGGAGCUGUUCGAGAUGUACAGGCGUUUCGCCGAGCUCAAGGGCUGGAAGUUCGAGGGGAUGACUUGCAGCACCAUCGACGCAGGCGAGAGUGGGUAUCGAGAAGCUUCAGCGUCCAUUCGUGGGGAAGACGUUUACGGGUCUCUCAAGUUCGAGAACGGCGUGCACAGGGUGCAAAGGGUGCCAUCUAACUCGCCGCGUCUGCACACCAGUGCGGCAUCGGUGGUGGUCAUGAUGGAGGCCGAGGAAGUGGAUCUCAAGCUGGAACAGAGCGACCUCCGCUUCGAGGCUUUUCGGGCGAGCGGGGCCGGUGGGCAGCACGUCAACACCACCGAAAGCGCCGUCCGGAUAACACACGUGCCCACCGGCAUCACAGCGUCCAUACAGGACGAGCGGUCGCAGCACUCCAACAAGGAAAAAGCCCUCAAGGUGUUAAGAUCAAGAGUGUUCGAGGUGAGGCGAGAUGAGAUUGCGAGGAAGGAGGCGGCCGUGAGAGCGUCCGCGGUAGGAUCCGGAGACCGCUCUGAAAGGAUUCGCACGUACAACUUCCCGCAGGACCGCAUCACCGAUCACCGCGCGAACUACUCGCGGCACGGAUGGGAGGCGAUGAUGCGAGGCGAGAUGCUAGGGGAUUUUGUCGAGGCGAUGAGAGACAAGACGCAAUCGGAGCAACUCAAGGCCGCCGGCUUGCAACAACAGCAGCAGUAGGGGGGAGAAGGAGGCGUGCCCUGGCCAACCGCAUUGGAUGAGAUGGGGAGGAAGCGAUUUAAGAGAGGGAAUAAUGCCGCUGCUCGAACUGAGUGCUGAGUCCUAUGGCCCCCGCCCCCCAAUAUCAUGGUGUUUCAAUGAUCCCGUCUUGGCACGAGGCUGAUGGAAAUGUGGGACGCCUUCUGGUCGUGUGGGUACGAGGCUGCUGAAUUGUAGGACGCCUUUUGGUACCGUCUAGGCACGAGGCUGCCGGAAUCGUAGUACGCACGCCUUUUUCGGCCACCAGGAGAGAAAGCUCGUGACAUCGAUAUGAUCAUUGUUAUUGUACGACGAGGGACCGAGAAGAAUCGGUUCGCCGCUCAAGGCCACUCUUCCAACAUCACCGUCAACAGCCCGCUGGCCCUUGCCCUUGCCCCCCUGUGGCUAGACCAAUGGACAGAACCGUUCGCCAUAUCUUCUCCACCGGUGCGGAAUGGAAGAAAAGGGAGACGUGUCCGGUGUCGUGAUUUGUCGCUCGAACGGAAUGAGCAGAGGAGAGGAACACCCAUCCCGAGGUCUUGAUGUUGGAGUGACGGGACUGAGAAAACUUGACGGAAAACACUAAGUAUCAGUCGUCUCUCAAACGUGGUUUAUUUUGUA